GCCCAGCGCGCCCCCCGCCGCCCCAACCCAGCGGCCCCUGGGCGGUGCCGCUGACUCGCCGGAGCGCACAGGGGUGUGGGCGGAGGCGGCUCCGCCGCGCCCGCGCCUUCGGGAGUCGCUGUGCCUCUUCCACCCGCUCGCACCUACCACCGCGCGGAUACCAUGUCGAAGGCGGCCGGAGGCGCGGCAGCGGCGGCGGAAAGUUGUCCCUCGGCCCCGGCCGGCUCGCCCGCGGCCGCCGCGGUGGAGGACCUGUCCAAAGUGUCGGACGAGGAGCUGCUGCAGUGGAGCAAGGAAGAGCUGAUCCGCAGCCUGCGGCGGGCCGAGGCCGAGAAGGUGAGCGCGAUGCUGGACCACAGCAACCUCAUCCGCGAGGUGAACCGCCGACUGCAGCUGCACCUCGGCGAGAUCCGCGGGCUCAAGGAUAUCAACCAGAAACUCCAGGAGGACAACCAGGAACUGAGGGACCUCUGCUGUUUCUUGGAUGAUGACCGGCAGAAAGGCAAGAGGGUGUCCCGGGAGUGGCAGAGACUGGGCCGCUACACGGCGGGGGUGAUGCACAAGGAAGUGGCCUUAUAUCUGCAGAAGCUGAAGGAGCUGGAGGUGAAGCAGGAGGAGGUGGUGAAGGAGAACAUGGAGCUUAAGGAGCUCUGCGUGCUGCUGGAUGAGGAGAAGGGAGCGGGCUGCGCCGGCAGCCGCUGCUCCAUCGACAGCCAGGCCAGCCUGUGCCAGCUCACCGCCUCCACCGCGCCCUACGUGCGGGACGUGGGCGACGGCAGCAGCACCUCCAGCACGGGCAGCACUGACAGCCCGGACCACCACAAGCACCAUGCGAGCGGUGGCAGCCCCGAGCACCUGCAGAAACCCCGGGGCGAGGGCAGCCCGGAGCACUCCAAGCACAGGAGCGCCAGCCCCGAGCAUCUACAGAAAUCCAGGGCCUCCGGGGCCCCAGAUCAUCCCAAAGGGCUCAAAGGACCUAGCCCUGAGCCCCACAAACCCUUGUGCAAGGGCAGCCCGGAACAGCAAAGGCACCCGCACCCAGGGAGCAGCCCCGAAACGCUGCCCAAGCACGUGCUGAGUGGGAGCCCCGAGCACUUCCAGAAGCACAGGCCAGGGGGCAGCCCCGAACAUGCCAGGCACAGCGGUGGGAGCCCGGAGCACCUUCAGAAACACGCCCUCGGCGGGAGCCUGGAGCAUCUACCCAGAGCCAGGGGCACCAGUCCCGAGCACCUCAAACAGCAUUACGGGGGCAGCCCAGACCACAAACUUGGAGGCGGCAGCAGCGGAGGCAGCGGCGGAGGCAGCAGGGAGGGCACCCUCAGACGGCAGGCGCAGGAGGACGCGUCACCCCAUCACCGGAAUGUCUACAGUGGCAUGAAUGGUGGGUCAGUACGUGCUGGGGACCUGCUGUGGCUGGGGCAACUCGGCAAAGAUGAUUCUGAUGAUCAGAGGACCUUACAAAUACUUCACCCAUUGGACAUUAUGAAUCCAGAUGAAAAAGUAGUAAAGAUCGUUUGA